CGCCACGGGGCAACCCCGUCGCCGGGGUCCUCCCUGAGAAAAGGCCGUCGCUAUGGAGACGUGGAGCUCGCCGGCGGCCGUUAAACUGGGGAGGCGCAGCCCGCAAGUGAUUCCCGCCGCAAUUACAACUCCGGGCGGCCAGGAGCGCUGGCCGGUGCACGAUGCUCCGGCCAGGCCGCUGCCCCAGCCCUCGUGAGCAGUGUACAGGGUUCUAGGAAAGCGAAGAGGCGUACCUCCCUGGUCGAUGGCGCGGGGCGGGGCCAGGGGUUGUCCGUGCCCGUCGGAGACAUCCGCUUCCGGGGCCACAGGCGAAGUGAAGCGCUCGGCUGAUCGGCCUGCCUGUCCUCGGUGUCGACCCCCGCAAGCUUUACUCCUUAAUAAUCGGCUACGUCCGUUUCGCUGUCGGUAUCGGUCUUCGGCCACCAUGCUGGAACACCUGAGUUCGCUGCCCACCCAGAUGGAUUACAAGGGGCAGAAACUAGCUGAACAGAUGUUUCAGGGGAUUAUUCUUUUUUCUGCAAUAGUUGGGUUUAUCUACGGGUACGUGGCUGAACAGUUUGGGUGGACUGUCUACAUAGUUAUGGCCGGAUUUGCUUUCUCGUGUUUGCUGACACUUCCUCCGUGGCCUAUCUACCGCCGCCAUCCCCUAAAGUGGUUACCUGUUCAAGACUUAGGCACAGAAGACAAGAAAUCAGGGGACAGAAAAAUUAAGAGGCAUGCUAAAAAUAACUGAUUGGGACUUUCACGAUUCAGCACCUGCUUUUGUUUCCUGUGAGAUGAGCUGAAUUGCUUUCAUAACUAAAACAUGAGCUUAAACCGCCUAUGUUCUUACAGCACAGCUGUGUAGACAUCUAUUGUCCUGGCUUCAUUUCUAAUCCAAAUGUAUUUUAAGUUAUGACUAUUUUAUACCAUCUCUUCAUAAGCUUGUUAUGGAGAACAGGAGAUACAAGUAUGAAAUGCUUCUUUCCAGUGUGUAUAAUGAAUAAACACCUCAUAACUUGUA